CCAUGAUUCCUGUGACGGAGUUCCGGCAGUUCUCAGAGCAGCAGCCACAGUUCCGGGUUCUGAAGCCCUGGUGGGAUGUGUUCACAGACUACCUCUCUGUGGUCAUGCUAAUGAUCGGGGUGUUCGGAUGCACCCUACAGGUGAGGCAGGACAAAAUCAUCUGCCUUCCCCAAAAAAUGUCCAUGCCCAACCAAACAAUACUCUUACCAAAUAAAACUGCUGUGCCGCCGGACGUGCACGAGAUGAUGGGCCGGAAAACCAACCUGGACUUCCAGCAGUACAGCUUCAUCAACCAGAUGUGCUACGAGAAAGCCCUGCACUGGUACGCCAAGUACUUCCCUUACCUGGUCCUCAUCCACACCCUCAUCUUCAUGGUGUGUAGCAACUUCUGGUUCAAGUUCCCAGGCUCCAGCUCUAAGAUAGAGCAUUUCAUCUCCAUCUUGGGAAAGUGCUUUGACUCCCCCUGGACUACCAGAGCUCUGUCUGAGGUGUCUGGAGAGAACCCAGAGGAGAAGGUAUUGUUGGACAACAAGAAGAGCAGAGCCAGUAGAGCGAUCCUUAACGUGUCUGUAGAGGGGAACCUGGACAACCUGGAGAAGACCCAGUCCCUCAAAUCCAUCCCAGAGAAGAUCGUAGUGGACAAGCCCACAGCCAGCGCCCUGGAUAAGAAGGAAGGAGAACAAGCCAAAGCUCUGUUUGAGAAGGUGAAGAAGUUCCGCCUGCACGUCGAGGAGGGGGACAUCCUCUAUGUUAUGUAUGUUCGCCAGACUGUUCUCAAGGUGUUCAAGUUCCUCCUCAUCAUCGCGUAUAAUAGUGCUUUAGUCUCUGAGGUGCAGUUCACAGUGAAGUGCAGUGUGGACAUACAGGACAUGACGGGAUAUAAGCAUUUCUCCUGUAAUCACACCAUGGCCCACCUGUUCUCUAAGUUGUCAUACUGUUACCUGUGCUUUGUGGCUGUGUACGGAUUCACCUGCCUCUACACUUCCUAUUGGCUCUUCUACCGCUCUCUGAAGGAGUACUCCUUUGAAUACGUGCGGCAAGAAACGGGAAUCGAUGACAUCCCAGACGUGAAGAAUGACUUUGCCUUCAUGCUGCACAUGAUCGACCAGUACGACCCACUGUACUCCAAGAGGUUCGCAGUGUUCCUGUCUGAGGUCAGCGAGAACAAACUGAAACAGCUAAACCUGAACCACGAGUGGACACCAGAGAAGCUACGUCAGAGACUGCUGACCAACCACAACAACAGACUGGAGCUGCAGCUCUUCAUGCUGUCUGGGCUCCCGGACACCAUCUUCGAGGUGACAGAGCUCCAGUCCCUGAAGCUAGAGAUCAUCAACAACGUAACCAUCCCAGCCUCCAUCGCCCAGCUGGAAAACCUCCAGGAGCUGUCUCUGUAUCAGUGUUGUUUAAAGAUCCACACCACAGCCACUUUCUUCCUCAAGGAGAAACUCAAGGUGCUCAGGGUGAAGUUUGAUGACAGCAGGGAGCUGCCUCAUUGGCUGUACCACCUGCGGAAUCUAGAGGAGCUCUACCUCAUUGGCUCACUGAGUCCUGACUCUUCGAAGAAUGUGGUUCUGGAGUCCCUGAGGGAGCUGAAGCAUCUGAAGAUCCUCUCGCUCAAAAGUAACUUUACAAAGAUCCCCCAGUCCAUCGUGGAUGUGUCCAGCCACCUGCAGAAGCUGUACAUCUACAAUGAUGGAACCAAGCUGGUGAUGCUCAACAACCUGAAGAAGAUGGUGAACCUGACUGAACUGGAGCUGGUGCACUGUGACCUGGAACGCAUCCCACAUGCUGUCUUCAGCCUCACGAACCUACAGGAGUUGGAUCUGAAGGAAAACAACCUGCACUCCAUUGAGGAGAUAGUCAGCUGCCAGCACCUUCGCAAACUGACGUGCCUGAAACUCUGGCACAACAAUAUCUGCUACAUCCCAGAACACAUCAAGAAGCUGGGAAGCCUGGAGCGCCUCUACUUCAGCCACAACAAGAUAGAGAUCUUGUCCCCGCACCUGUUCUUAUGCAACAAGCUUCGUUACCUGGACCUGUCCAACAACGACAUCCGGUUCAUUCCGCCGGAGAUCGGCGUCCUACAGAGUCUUCAGUAUUUCUCUGUCACGUGCAACAAGAUCGAGAACCUUCCAGACGAGCUCUUCUUUUGCAAGAAGCUCAAAACCCUCAAGCUGGGCAAGAAUAUGCUGUCGUUGCUCUCACCAAAGAUCUCAUACCUGGUUCUAUUGACACACCUGGAACUGAAGGGCAACCAUUUUGAGCUCCUGCCUCCAGAGCUGCGGUUCUGCCGGGCGUUGAAGCGUGGCGGCCUAGUGGUGGAGGACGUCUUGUUUGAAACCUUGCCUUCUGAUAUCAGAGACAAAAUUAAGGCUGAGUGAAAUGCUUUACAGUAUCUGUGCAAAAGGCCCUGCGAUACACUAGCGUCCUGUCCAGGGGGUGUACUUGUACAUCAAGCUGCCUCACACUCGAUAAACAGGAGAUUGGCUCCUGCCCUAUGGGCCAUUCUGGCUUGGACAAGCCAACUUACAUGUCUGUGCAAAAAGAAAAUGCCAAUUUUGUCUUAAUCUGACAAUCAUAGUCUAACAAAAUACUAGAUUUUACUGUAUACUUAGCUUAUCAUGAUCAAACUCUAAGCACUAACCCUUAGUUCGUUCAAGGGAACAGUUGUGAUAUUCAUGGGUGUAUGUUUUUGAGUAUUAUGUCUGUGUUACUUUAUGACAGAAGGAAAUAUGGCUUUGUGUUGUAAUUAAAUGGUUCUUAACAAUAUAAUUAGUCACAGGCAAGGUAUACUUAGCCCUGGUACCAGUCUGUUUGUGCCAGGGGAGAACAACAGCCCCUCUCAUUGAAGCCACGGAAGUUCAUGGCUGACUGCGGUUCUGCAGGCAUUAUUAGCAGAAAACAGGAUCCCCAUUAUAGUGAAUGGAAAAAUGUAAAUCUUCGUGGUCAAUGCGCUAUUUCAUCUUCAUGUAGGAAUGAAUGGUGUCAUGUGAUCGAUGGCUUUGUCCAUUCAUAUAUACAGUCAUUUAUUUGUGCUAAUAUUCGACUGCUUGUACUCAUAAUGUUUUGCAUGACAUGGAGUGGCAAGGAGUGGAAUGAUAGCACAAACAGAUCUGGGACCAAGCAAAGGUAUACUGUCCAUCAGGAUAUCAAUUACUAGAUUGCUUGUUUUUGUAUUGUCGAUACUGUUAUUUAUUACACUGUACUGUAUUAUGCAGUUUGUCGAGCACAAGCUUCAUUCAUCAUAAACUGGAUAGAAUGUAGGCUUAUAAUUACAAAGAUAGAAUGUACACUAGAAUGGAAAUUGUUAAGAGUUCUGUAGUCUGUGGGGUAUAAGUGGGAGAAGGCACUCGUGGCAGGUGUGACCUCUAACCAGCUCUAUGGCCAGGGACAAAAACAGGCUGGUUUGAGGGCACCUCCUUUCUAUUCGGGCAGAGACGAUAUAGAAAGCGAGAAAUCCCACUCCCUAAUUUUUUCUGAUCAGGGCGGAGCCACUCUGGUCUACUUAUUGCCCCCACCCCACGGAAGGGGGUGCCCCAGAGACUGUAGGGAAAGGAGAUAUCUCACUGGCUCAUUUUUUUCUGGUCGGGGUGGGUGGAGCAAGUGGGAAGGCGACAGCUGUUCCUUCUUUCUUGUGAGCAUGCCAGAUAUUAUUGAGGCAGUGAGCUCACACGGGAAAGCAUGCUUAAAGUAUUUUUAGCAUAUUUCAGCAUAUUAACGUAUGUGCUAAUAUGAAUCUACUGGUAUAGUGUGGAUAUCUUUGAAUGCAUCAAUGUUAACUCUUUAGGGACUAUUGGAGUGAAUCAUUGGAGUGAAUCUGACUUUAAGGCCAUGAGAAUAUUUUUUUUAUGAUCAGUGUUACAUAGUUAAUUGUUAAUAGUUUCCUUAUUGUUUAAGAUAUAAAUGUCAAACUUAACAUGGUUCUUCAUGGUAAUGUCUUUGAUGACCCUAAAAAGUUUUAAGUUGAUAGGCCAUUGUGAAGUGCAUUUACAAAGGAUUUAAAUGGACGGACACAUAAUUUAUUUACUCACACAUCUCCAAACCAAUCCCUUAGCUUUUCUCAACCUAAGUUAAGAGAUGUACCGUGUUCUCCAAAAUUUCCAAGAGGGAGGGAAAUCUAUCCUGACGGAUCUUAUGGGUUCUUAAGGCAAAUUGUUUAGCAUGAGAAACGACACCUACGUAGAAAGUUUCAAGUCUCUAGGUCAAACGGGGCAGCGGAUAUGAGGGAUAUGUCUGCCAAAUUAGAAAAAAUGUAACAAUUUAUGCUUGAAUUAUUUGACCAUGUCAAGAAAGAAACAAAUCUAAAAAUAACAAUAGGUUUCACCGCUUUGCUGUGAACCCCUAAUUUUACUCUUGAGAAAAUAUUCCAUAACUGCAGGUGGGAGUAAAUCACCAACCUUGGCUUUAUACCUGUUAAAACAACACACUAUAGGUGGCAGUAUGCAACCUUUCAGUUUGUUUACCAACUCACUUCAAGUAGGGCUGAGCGAUAUAUCGGAUUAAUUAGAUUAAUUCAAAUUAAUGUUUUAGCGCAAUGUUCCUGUAUCACAAGAAGCAAGUAAUUUUUUAUGAGUGUUUGUCUUUUUGGUCUCGUCUCCUUCGCUCCUUCUGUGCUGGGUGCACUGUGCACCUUCCCACUCGCACACAGACAACAAGCCCCUGUCACUCACAACAACAAAGACGAAAGAUCACUUCCUCUCUGACAACAAGCAGUUUCAACUCACUAUUUGCAUUAGAUUUUUGGUCCAACAGAACCGGUCAUAUGGACACCAAAAUGCUUUGAGACAUUAUUUUACUGCAAUAGAGGAGAACCUUAACCCUUAAUAACCUUUUUAUGUCUCCUCAAUUUGUGCAAAGAGCAGACCCUACUAAAACAGGAGUAUAAAUGAGCAUUGAUUCUAGAAAACUAAGACGCCGUAAUGGGACAUACUGUAUACAAUGUUUCGUCCUCUAACUAUCUGUAUGGUACCAAUAUCAAGUCAAGUAGCCAUUUUGAAUAAUUGAUCAGUUUUUUUCUGUUACAUGUAGUUGCUAAUUGACAGAUUUGAAUCACUGUUCACACCUUUUAAGCGUUUUCUUAUAUUAUGCUAAUAAAGGCCUGUUUUUUAUGGCUAUUGUAUUGCUGCGUGAAUACUUUUCAUGAGCUUUAUAUUGUUUGUUUGCCUGCCAUAUGCUAUGCUAUGUAGCCACCGCUAGACUACUCUAGCUUUGGCCUUCUAUGCCACAUGCUAUUUCAACCUCUUUGCCAUUAGAUUUGUUGUGUUGCUGCUAUAUUUAUGUAUAGUUUUACUCAUUUACAUUGUAUUUGUAUAUUGUCAUUGCAUUGAUAUUCAUAUUAUACAAGUUAACAGCCAAUUAAUUAUGCACAUUAUUGCGUGCUAUUAUUUGUACCUUUCCUUUGUAGAUAAACCACACAUACCUACGUACCAACAACUCGAGACCUCGGGACUAUAAGGUUCUAACUGGCAUUUUGUUAAAAAUAAUUAUUCACAUAGAGUUGCUAUUUUAGAGGUCCUUCACUUGAGAUAUGUCAGAUUUGUGAAAAAGUAAAUUUACGAUUAAAAACAAUAUAAACCAGAAAGUUCUAUCUGCGCAGACACCUUUGAACUUGGUGCUAUACGGUUCUAUCUGCAAUCCAAUCACACAAUGCUGGGUUGUCAAUAAAAAAAAAUUGUAUGUAAGGUGAUGUACUUUUUGAAUCAUGAAAGAGGAAGACAUCACAAAGCAGUUCUAAGAUCUGGGACUUUAAAAAUACUCUAUCUCAAAACCAUACAUUUUGCAGAUAGAACCUUAUUACCCCAAAUCCUUGAUUAUUAUAUUAUAUUUUUUUAAACAUAUUUUUUAUUUUUUUAUUUUUUAAAUUCAUAUCAUAGGUUCUGGUCCUCUUUCGCAAUUACUUUACACUUUUUCAGAAGAAUGGCUAUUUAUGGUAUAAAUAAAUACAUACAGGUGCCUAAGACCAUUUUUCAGGCCCAUUGGAGAGGCAUUGCUGUUUUUGUCUUGUUCUAUAUCAGGGAUGGGCAGGCCCGCAGAUCUCAUUCAGGGUCUCAACUUAAUGUUGAGAGUUAGAAUAGUAGAAUACACAAGGUGCAAUUUCGAAAUUUGGUUGUGCAUCAGCAGUCUUUUCAUGUUAUGUCAGUCAUUGGAAGUCACUCAAUUAGCCCAUGUCGGCUAAAAUAUUUUCGAUUGGUAAGUUAGUCUAACCAGCUACCUAAACUUGUAGUAAUCAUGGUCGAAUUACCGCCCCAUUGAUUUUGUUAGUUACUCUCGACUGAUAUCAUAUUAAAAAACUGCAAACAUUUCUCUCCACCCUAUGGCAAAAUGUGUAGAAUUGCAGGAAAUUAGCUGUAGAAUCUACCUGCAGUCAAAUGACCUAGUGGCCUCCAUGGGUGGAAUGUUAUUAAUAUUUCUCAACAUUAAUCAACAUUAUUUUAAAAACCCGCUGGAAAUCCGGUGUUUCUAUGUCAAACGGUUUUGUUAUAUUUCAGUCUUCUGUGAUGUAUAUAA